AUUGAGAAGUCUCUGUAGAGGGCAUAAUAAAUAUGUUCGAAUAGUAAUUUUCAGAAAUGAGGACCUUCCCCUGGGCGAUGUCUAUUACUGAAAGUCUCUGGGGAGCUGAUUGGGCACCGGACUCUAGAGGAAGAAAUGGCAUCUCCUAGUUUAGCCUGUUAUGAGGGUAGGACACGAGCCAUUUAUCGGCCCCGUGUUAGAGGAAUUCUUGAAAGGUGUACUGGCAGUUAAUUCUUGAUCCCCGUUUGUUCUUUUCUUGGCUUUUCUUUCUGUAGUUCUAAUGUUUCUUUCUCUUCUGCAGAUAUGCACCCAAUGUCCAGGGAGUGUGCAAAAUUUGUCAAAAGUGGCCCUUUAUUGUAAAACGACACGAGAGCUAAUGCUACAUGCCCGUUGCUGCCUGAAUCAGAAUGGCACCAUCUUGGGGCUGGAUCUCCAGAACUGUUCUCUGGAGGACCCUGGUCCAGACUUUCAUCAGGCACAUACCACUAUCAUCAUAGAUCUGCAAGCAAACCCUCUCAAAGGUGACUUGGCCAACACCUUCCGUGGCUUUACUCAGCUCCAGACUCUGAUACUGCCACAGGAUGUCAACUGUCCUGGAGGAAUUAAUGCCUGGAAUACUAUCACCUCUUAUAUAGACAACCAAAUCUGUCAAGGCCAAAAGAACCUUUGCAAUAACACUGGGAACCCAGAAAUGUGUCCUGAGAAUGGAUCUUGUGUACCUGAUGGUCCAGGUUUUUUGCAGUGUGUUUGUGCUGAUGGUUUCCACGGAUAUAAGUGUAUGCGCCAGGGUUCGUUCUCAUUGCUUAUGUUCUUCGGGAUUCUGGGAUCCACCACUCUAUCCAUCUCCAUUCUGCUUUGGGGAACCCAGCGCCGAAAAGCCAAGACUUCAUGAACCACAUAGGUCUUACCAUUGACCUAAGAUCAAUCUCAUCUAUCUUAGCCCAUCCAUGGAGCUCUGCUUCCUAGACAGGCAUCUUUGGUCAGUGGAUUUGCAUCAAGAUUGAGGUCGCCAUUGGAAGUUGAAAAAUUGCACUCCCGUGGUGUAGACAAGUACCAGUUCCCAUUUGUGUUGUUGCCUAUAAUAAACACUUUUUUUUCUUU